CGAUCAUGCCUCGAUCACGAACGCCGGAAUGAUGUGCGGAUACCCGACAGUCGCCCUCAACAUCUGUCAUGAGUUACGUAUCAGCUGUUUAAAUAACCGACUGUGACACAUUCCAUCAAGUGAAAGUGAGAAAAGAUGGCUCCUCAUGGUGGAAGACCUGUUGGGCCACCAAGAUUAACUUCAUUUCUUCGGGCUUAUGCCAAUGUCAGCAGGAAAGGAAAAGAGGAUGAUUAUGACCUGGCCCAAAUCCUGGCAAUCAAAAGGGAACAGCGAAGGCAGCGAAUGAAAGAGAGUGGAGUCACAUGGCCUCGCAUCAAGAGCCAGGUGGAGCGUCUUGGGAGAGAGAAUGGGGUUAAUUUAGACUGUUAUUUGCGAGAAGUGGCAGAUGUGGCACGCCAGGUAGCCCCAGAGUUGGACACACGUGACGAGGCAGCCACCCUGCUCUUCACGGUCUCCCAUGAUCAUGCAGUACUGCCUGUGAAAAACAAACUCAAGCUGCACCAGAUGUUUGGCGAUGUGAAGCCAUAUUUGUUGGAGAGGGCUCAUAAGGCUGUUCGCAAGGUUGCAGAUCUCGUUGGUGAAGAAGAACUCAAGGAGUUGAUGCAUGAUAUGCAGAAUGAUCAAGAGACAACUACAAUGUUUGGAGCUAAUAUUAAAGUUGGAAAACUAGGACCGCCUCCGGAAUUGCCACCAAUGGAUAAGCUGAUCAACCUACAAAAAGUGAAAGUAGAAUCUAAAGCAACCUUACGAUAUGAUGAUUACAAACCCGAGACAGUUCAGACCCAAGUAAAGAAGAAGGUGAUUAAGGAUACAUAUGACAAGUCAUGGGUAGAAGCAGAGAUGUUGAAAUACUACACAGACACCAGCAUAGUCUCAGAGCUAAGCAGUGGAACCAUUGCACUCCUGAUUAGCAGCAAGGGUGAUGAUGAACUGCAGAAUGAGAUGUUUGAGUUAUUAGGAUUUGAGAGAUUUGAACUUAUCCAGACGCUGCUGCAACAUCGAAAUGAGAUUAAAAACCCACCACCCGACAAGGAUGUAAAGAUUGCAGAAUUGCUCAGUGACUUAGAGAAGAGAGGAAUACCCGAAAGACCUAUUUUUGGUCAGCAAGUCACUGUUAUGAAUGAAACAGAGAAGCAGUACCUCAAGCAGGCAAGGAAGGAGGAAAAGAAGUUGCUAAAGACUGCCAAACAGAUAGCAGAGGAUGACUCCAUAGAUGACUUUAGUCCAGACACACUAAAAGCAAAAAGAGAAGCUGCUCUUUUGGAAGCUUCCCAGGCAUAUCUCUUCAAGAAACGCGACAGAGUGAAUGUCCCAGAGAUAAGAUUUCCCUAUGUGUUUGAUUGUCAGAACAAAGCCAAGCAGACAGCAGGCUACAUAGCAGGUAUGAAAAUAGCUUUGCCUGAAGGCUUCACAAGGGCUUAUGAUGAUGUAAUGGAAGAAGUGGAUAUUCCAAUGUCAGAUCCAGCUCCUCCAGAAGUUGGAGCUAAUCUCAUAAAUGUAAAGGAUCUUGAUGAGAUUGGAAGAAUAGCAUUUAAAGGUUGCAAGACACUGAACAGAAUCCAGACAGUAGUUUAUCCAUCUGCUUACCAUAGCAAUGACAACUUGCUUAUAUGUGCUCCAACUGGUGCUGGUAAAACCAACAUAGCUAUGUUGACUGUUGUACACCAAAUAAGACAGCAUAUUGAAAAUGAUGUUAUUCAGAGAGAUAAAUUUAAGAUUGUUUACAUUGCUCCAAUGAAAGCCCUAGCAGCUGAGAUGGCACGCAAUUUCGGAAAGCGCCUGGAGCCUCUUGGGAUAACUGUGAAAGAGUUGACUGGAGACAUGCACCUCACCAAGCCGGAGAUAAUGGCCACCAAUAUGAUUAUUACAACACCAGAGAAAUGGGAUGUGACAACACGAAAGCCAGGAGACACUCAGUUAUCACAGCUUGUAAAAUUACUGAUUAUUGAUGAAGUUCACCUGCUUCAUGGUGAUCGAGGACCUGUGCUGGAGACUUUGGUUGCGAGAACAUUGCGUAUGGUGGAAUCUCAGCAGUCAAUGAUCAGGAUAGUUGGUCUGUCUGCCACACUUCCAAAUUAUAUUGAUGUGGCAACCUUCCUCAGAGUUAAUCCUUACAAAGGGCUAUUCUUCUUUGAUGGACGUUUCCGGCCAGUGCCUCUUGGAUUGACUUUCAUCGGUAUCAAAGCUCUUGGAAGGUUCAAGCAGAUGGAAGAUAUGGACAGGAUUACCUUUGAUAAAUGCCUUCACUUCAUAAAGCAAGGCCACCAGGUGAUGGUAUUUGUCCAUGCAAGGAAUGGAACUUUGCGAACUGCUGAAAAUCUUAUCAAGAUAGCACAAGAGAUGGGGAAAACAGAAGACUUCCUGCCUGAUGAUGGACCUGACGUUGCCAAUGCCCGAAAAGACAUGGCACGAUCACGGAACAAAAAGCUGUUGGAGUUGUUUGAUUCGGGUUUUGGUGUGCAUCAUGCUGGGCUGCUGCGAGCUGAUAGGUCAGCAGUUGAGAAUGUUUUUAGCCAGGGAAUGAUCAAAGUGUUGGUAUGUACAGCUACCCUUGCCUGGGGUGUUAACCUUCCCGCUCAUGCAGUCAUCAUUAAGGGAACAGACAUUUAUGAUAGCAAACAUGGCACCAUGGUUGACUUAGGGAUACUAGAUGUGCUGCAGAUUUUUGGACGUGCCGGGAGACCGCAGUUCGAUAAGAAUGGUCACGGAACCAUCAUCACCACGCAUGAUAAACUGGCACAUUAUCUGUCUUUGUUAACUAAUCAGUAUCCUAUAGAGAGUUCAUUCAUCAAGCAUUUGGCAGAUAAUUUGAAUGCAGAGGUGUCACUUGGUAACGUCACCAAUAUGGAAGAAGCUAUCGAAUGGAUGAGUUAUACGUACCUUCAUGUCCGCAUGAGAAAGAACCCUCAGGUGUAUGGAUUACUGUAUAAGGAUGCCCAGCAGGACCCUAAUCUUGAAAUGUUUCGACGUGAGCUUCUCACCACGGCUGCGAGGGCACUGGAUAAGGCUCGUAUGGUUCGAUUUGAUGACGCCACUGGCUUUAUGCAUAUUACAGAUCUAGGGAGAAUUGCCAGCCAGUUCUACAUUAAGUAUGACACAGUUGAAAUUUUCAAUGAGUUUUUGAAAUCUGUUAUGAAUGAAGGAGACAUUUUAGCUGUUAUAUCACAAAGCUCAGAGUUUGCACAACUAAAGGUACGAGACGAGGAGAUGAAUGAACUGGAUGACCUCCACCAACAGUGCGAGGUGGUUGCAAUGGGAGGUGCUGAACAUAUACAUGGCAAAGUCAACAUCCUUUUGCAAUCACACAUCUCACGCAUCAGAGUAGAUAGUUUCUCACUGGUGUCAGAUAUCAAUUAUAUUACUGAUAACUCUGUGAGGAUAACAAGGGCACUCUUUGAGAUAGUUCUGCACAGGAAUUGGCCUCUGAUGGCAGGUCGUCUGCUUACUAUGGCCAAGAUGUUAGAACACCAGAUGUGGCACUUUGAGAGCCCUAUGAAGCAGUUUGCCCGCUUGACCCAUGAGAUCAUUGAGAAGAUUGAGGACAAGAGGCUCACCAUUGAGAAGAUCAGAGAUAUGGAUCCUAAAGAAAUUGGCAAGAUGAUCCGGCACGAAAGGAUGGGAAGGGAAAUUAAAGCUGCAGCCUGGCAAUUUCCGCUACUUGCGAUCGAGUCCAAAAUCCAACCCAUCACAAGAACUGUUCUUAGGGUUACGCUAAACAUCAAUGCAGAUUUCACUUGGAAUGACAGAAUUCAUGGGAGUCAGGAAUUGUAUUGGAUAUGGGUAGAAGAUCCUGACAACAAUCACAUGUACCACCAUGAGCAGUUCACACUCACCAAAAAGCAAGUUGUACGUAGAGAGGAGCAGCAGUUGGUCUUCACUAUACCAAUCUUUGAGCCACUGCCUAACCAGUACUAUGUAAGAGCCAUCAGUGACAAGUGGCUCAGCUGCGAGUCUACGUGUGUGAUGAAUUUCCAGAAUCUAAUUCUCCCAGAGAGACAUCCUCCUCACACUGAUUUACUUGAUUUAGAACCACUGCCAGUGACUGCCCUUGACAACAUGGGGUUUGAAAUGUUGUACAAGUUCAGCCAUUUCAACCCCAUACAGACCCAGCUCUUCCACUGCUUAUAUCACACAGAUAAUAAUGUAUUACUUGGAGCUCCCACUGGUUCUGGCAAGACAAUUGCUGCAGAGAUAGCCAUGUUCAGAACAUUCAGGGAAGCUCCAGAGGCAAAGAUUGUCUACAUUGCCCCACUGAAAGCUCUUGUGCGAGAACGUGUAGAUGACUGGCGAGUAAGGCUCCAGGAGAGGCUUGGGAAGAGGGUUGUCGAGCUGACUGGUGAUGUGUCGCCAGAUAUUAGGGCCAUUCAGGCUGCCCAUGUGAUUAUAACUACACCUGAAAAAUGGGACGGUAUAUCUCGCUCAUGGCAGACUAGGAACUAUGUCAAACAAGUUGCAUUGAUUAUCAUCGAUGAGAUUCAUUUACUAGGGGAGGAUCGUGGUCCAGUCCUUGAAGUGAUUGUGUCGCGCACGAACUUCAUCUCCAGCCAUACUAGUAAGAAGUUGCGUGUCAUUGGCCUCUCUACUGCUCUGGCCAACGCUAAAGACUUGGCAGAUUGGCUUGGCAUUAGUCAGAUGGGCCUGUAUAAUUUCCGUCCAUCUGUGAGACCUGUGCCGCUUGAAGUUCACAUAGCAGGUUUUCCUGGCAAGCAUUACUGCCCACGUAUGGCAACCAUGAAUAAACCAACAUUCCAAGCCAUCAAGCAGCAUUCACCUGAUAAGCCAGUGUUGGUGUUUGUCUCAUCUCGUAGGCAGACUAGGCUCACAGCCAUUGACCUCAUGGGUUUUGUGGUAGUUGAACCCAAUCCUAAACAGUGGUUGAAGAUGCCAGAUCAUGAGAUGGAUCAGAUAUUGAUGAAUAUUCGUGAUGAGAAUCUUCGCCUUUGCUUGUCAUUUGGAAUUGGUCUUCACCAUGCGGGCCUGAUAGAAAGAGACAGAAAAGUUGUUGAGGAGUUAUUCGUCAACCAGAAAAUCCAGAUCCUCAUUGCAACAUCCACCCUUGCCUGGGGUGUGAAUUUCCCAGCCCAUCUUGUUGUGGUCAAGGGGACUGAAUACUAUGAUGGGAAGACAAAGAGAUAUGUAGACUUCCCAAUUACAGAUGUGUUGCAAAUGAUGGGGCGAGCAGGAAGACCUCAGUUUGAUACUCAGGGUGUUGCUGUCAUUCUUGUUCAUGACCAGAAGAAGCAUUUCUAUAAGAAGUUCCUCUAUGAACCAUUUCCUGUGGAGUCCAGUUUGAUGGGUGUCCUGCCUGAUCACAUGAAUGCUGAGAUCGUUGCUGGCACCAUUUCCACAAAGCAAGAAGCCUUGGAUUACUUAACUUGGACAUAUUUCUUUAGGAGGCUUGUCCAGAAUCCAUCCUACUAUGGACUAGAAUUGGAUGAUGAGGAGAGAGCAAAUAAUGCCAUUAACACCUUUCUCUCUCAAACUGUAGACAGGGCAUUGACUUGUCUAGAAAAUGCAUACUGCAUUGAAAUUGGAGAGGACAACCGCACUAUCAGGACAACACCACUUGGCCGCAUAGCUUCCUUCUACUACUUGUCCCAUGAGACAAUCCAGCUCUUCCAUGAUAAGCUCAGUUCUAGCACCUCUAUGGAAGAGCUUUUGGAUCUGAUGACACAGGCACAUGAAUAUAAUGAGUUGCCAGUUCGUCACAACGAGGACAACUUGAAUGCUGGGUUAGCAAAAUCCUGUCCCAUCAAAGUGAAUGAAUACACAUAUGAUUCUCCCCAUACAAAGACCCACUUGCUACUACAGGCUCACAUGUCUAGACUGAAGCUACCUUGUGUAGAUUAUCUCACUGACACAAAAUCUGUUUUGGACCAGGCUAUAAGGAUUUUACAGGCUAUGUUGGAUGUCUGUGGGUGUGCAGGCUGGUUGGCUGCUUCACUACAAGUCCAAGUGUUGAUGCAGAUGGUUACUCAAGCACGCUGGCACAUGGACAGCUCCCUUCUGACGCUGCCCAAUGUUACUUCUGACUCUUUGUAUUGUUUCAAACAUGAUGGAAGAAAUAUUCAGAGUCUGCCGGAGCUUGUGCAAGUUGUUAGUGGACGGUACGAAACACUGGCGACAAUGCUCCGAGAAGAACUAGAUGAGGGACAGAUUGAAAGUGUCUUUAAGGUCUUAAAACAACUUCCUUUACUCAAUGUCAAUGUGGCUGUGCGAGGCUGGUGGGCUAACACAGAAAAUCAGUCAGAAGCCAGAGUCAACAUCAGGAGCACAGAGGAGAACCGCAAGAACAGUGACUGGGUCGAGGUUCAUGCAGAUCAGGAAUAUUCUCUGACCAUCCAUCUUCACCGUGUGAACAGGGGUCAAGACCUUCGCAUCCAUGCUCCCAAGUUCCCAAAGCCGAAGGAUGAGGGCUGGUUCUUGGUCCUAGGGGAGGUAGAGUCUGGGGAGUUGUUGGCACUCAAGAGAGUGCCACCUGUCCGCGGCAGAGCUACUCACACCCUCUCCUUCAAGACACCUGAUCAACCAGGACGAGCAGUACUGACACUUUACGUGAUGUCAGACAGCUAUCUAGGCUUGGACCAGCAGUAUGACAUCCCCCUCGAAAUCAUUCCCGCCAGUCUUGAAGCUCAAGUGAACUCAGAACUAGUGAUAAGUGAAGCAGAUGAAGAAGUACUCACCAAAUGGCUUCCUCCCCCCUCAGAUACUCCUACUUUUAAAUAGAUACUGGGGUACUGCAAUUUUUCCCUGCUGUCAUGAUAAAACUGAAAAUAACUUCAUUUUGAACAACUGUCAUCUAGGGAGGAUGAAAUUUAGUGUUCCAGAGUUAGAAGCUGAUGUGAAAUUAAAUAUUGGGAUAAAGAUGUAAAGUAGACCAGUAAUUUUAAUUUAUUUGUUAUUUGUUUUAUCCACCCUGUAUUGAGAAAAAUUCUGUUGAAUGAAUAUGCUACACAUGAAUCAUACAUGGAUUAAGAGCUGUUGAAUAUACUAUGCUAAAAUAUAUACCUAAUUAUAUUAA